AUGCUUCGGCGGUUCGUUGCGCAAGCGCCACCGCGGUUAUGCGCUUGGUAUUAUAUCAGCCGAGGUGUGGGUGACUGGCAGCCACGUCCGAAACACCGGGCGCGCUUCUCCAAACAGGCGUUAGCACAAAGUCGCACUCGAUUUAUGGAACAAAAGGCAAUGUCAUCAAUGCGACAAAACAUAAAUGAAGUUCACGGGGAGCUGCAGGGGCAUCGAUCAAAGUUACGACGCCAAUGCGAGCAGACGGCUUUUGACUUGGUAAAUCGCGCUGGCAAGGGACCCGCCGCUUCCGCGGGGCAGACAAUGUCGACAGCACGGCAUUUUCUAAUGUUGAACGAGGUGGCGCGGAAGGCAUUGAGAAGUGGUCGCCGCGAGCGGAAAAAUAUAUUCACUAACAGUAAGAAGUGGCGUGGUUGA